AAGGCCUCCCAUUAUUUCUCCCAUGUCAGAGAAAUCAUCUCUCCGCCACUCUCUCCGCCGUGUGAUGGAGGCUGCCGAAGAGCAAGAAGCCGUUCUCUUCCACUCUUAUCCCUGUUCUUACUACGUACAAAGCCCCUCCACCCUCUCCCACGCCAACAGCUCCGACAUCCGAAACCCCGCCGAGUCCUCCGCUUGCCACUCUCCUCUCCCCUCCGACACCUUCCCCAACGGCCGCCACCACCACCACCAUCACCGCAACCCAACCCAGGAAGCCUCUCGCUUUACUCUCUCCCACUACUCAUCCUCUCGUGGCUCGAACCAUGGGGCCGGGACCGACAAUGGCGAGACUCGCCUGAUCGUCGGUCGCGGCAACGGUCGAGACUGCAACGAGGAGCAGGAGAACGACGAGGACGGAGACGAGGAAGGGUAUUAUGGGAAGAAAAAAAGAGGUUGUUGGAAGAGGUAUUUUACGUAUAGGAACUCGGAUUCUAAUGCAUGGAUUUGCUUGCAGUUGAGUUGGAGGGCAAUCUUCAGUAUGGGAAUUGCUUUGCUUGUCUUUUACAUUGUCACUAAUCCUCCCUCACCAAUCAUUUCUGUUAAGGUGGGAGAAAUAGAAGAGUUUAUGCUAGGGGAAGGAGUGGACAAAACAGGAGUUGGAACUAAGAUUCUAACAUGCAAUUGCACAAUGGAUGUAAUUGUGGACAACCAUUCUAAGCUUUUUGGCCUUCACAUCCUUCCUCCAUCUCUUCAUAUGUCUUUUGGGCCUCUUCCUAUUGCAACUUCACAAGGUCCAAGAUUGUAUGCUGAGAGUGGAACGACGACGUUUCACUUAAGCGUGGGCACCAGUAAUAAGCCAAUGUACGGUGCGGGGAGGGACAUGGAAGACAAGCUUGAAUCAGGGAUGGGAUUGGAGCUUACAAUUCGACUCAAUUUCAUUUCAAAUUAUAGAGUAGUUUGGAAAUUCAUACGGCCCCACUUUCAUCGCCAUGUCGAAUGCUUAUUGGUCCUUGGGAAAGCCUACGAUAGGAAGCGUCAUACCCGAUCAUUCAAUAGUACUUGCUUACCUUCUUGAUAAUCAUUGUCAAUCAACAAAUUUUGCUUCUUAGUGAUAGGAAAACAACUUUGAUUUAUUGAUGGACUUCAAAUAUAGUAAAAUGAGUUAAUUUAUUCAUAAAUAUAAUAAAAUAUCAUUGUCUAUUAGUAAUAGACAACGAUAGAUACUAAUGAAUAUUUAUCGAUGUUUGUUGGUAUCUAUCAUUGAUAGACAAUAACAUUUUGUUAUAUUUGAAAAUAUUUCAACAAUUUUAUCAUUUAAAACAACUACCCUUUAU